AUGAAAAGGCAAAACGGAACCCAAACGCUCGACCAAUACUUUCAAACAAAACGCACGAAAUUCGACGUUGACACCACUCCGACAUACACCCCACUGGCGGAAAGAGUUCGUCCACAAAAACUUGAAGAUCUCAUUGGACAGGAAAAGGCUCUUGGAGAAGGAACUCCUUUCUAUGCGAUGAUUGCAAAUAACCAGAUCUCGUCCACAAUUAUAUAUGGGCCCGCGGGAUGUGGCAAGACGACCAUCGCUAAAAUUAUCGCGCGAACAACUAAGAACGACUUUGUCACUGUUUCUGCGACCUCGACGGGGAAAAACGAGUUGAAAGACAUCAUUAAGACGGCAACACAAAAGAAGAAGAUGGGGACCAACACUAUCCUUUUUGUUGAUGAAAUACAUUCACUUAAUAAACUGCAACAAGACACUUUCUUGCCAGCGGUGGAGAACGGAAAUAUUAUCUUACUCGGAGCUACUACAGAAAAUCCGUCGUUUGAAAUUAACGACGCACUAAUGAGUCGAUGCGGGUUGCUUGUGUUGAGGAGAUUAAGAGAUGAAGACCUCAUGACGAUUAUGAAGAACGCCAUCGAGAAAGAAUAUAAAGGAUGUAUGUUUGAAUUGAGCGAUGAGGUGUUUCAGUAUAUCGCUUCCGUUGCAGAUGGAGAUGGAAGAAAUGCACUGAAUUUUGUCGAGAAAGUGUAUUUGUAUUACACCAAAUUUAAUAUCGACCAACUCGAGAAGAUUGUUCUUGCGUCAAAGAAGACUGAGAAGACUGCGACUACGGUUGAAAAAGGAUGUCGUGAUGUUGUGAAUCGCGAUAACGAAAAAAGUGUUGUAGUUGAACGAGAAACACACCAAAAUGUAACACAAGAAGAUACAAAAGAAGUGAAAGACAUGAAAGACGACAUAAAUGAAAAACAUAAAAGUAGUGAUGAGGUACAAAACCUUAAAGAAAAAGGAAUUGAAACACUUAUGGACAAUCAAACAACAAAAGUGAUAUUAACACUCGACAUUAUUCUUGCUUUUUUAGAGCGAACAAAAUAUAGUUAUGACAAAAAAGGGGAGUCUCACUAUAACUUGAUUAGUGCACUUCACAAGAGUAUGCGAGGUUCAGACGAAAACGCUGCGUUGUAUUGGUUGCACCGAAUGGUGUUAGCUGGGGAAAAUCCCAAGUAUAUAGCUCGGAGACUCAUUCGAUUUUCAAGUGAAGAUAUUGGUUUGGCAGACACAAACGCGUUGACGGUUGCAGUGAACACAUUUCAAGCUGUGAAUGUAAUGGGCUAUCCCGAGUGUGAUGUGGUGUUGUCGGAGUGUGUGUUGUAUUUGUCACGAGCACCAAAGUCUGUUUGUGCGUACAAAGCAAUGAAAACAACACAACAACUCAUCAAAGACACGGGGUGUUUGCCAGUUCCUAUGAACAUCAGAAACGCUGCGACAAAUUUAAUGGGUAAGAUGGGGUACGGCGAAGGCUAUUUAUACCCUCCAAUGUUUGACCACGUGCUGCAACAGAGUUAUCUUCCGAAAGAGAUUGAAGGGAAGGAAUUGGUCACUUAUGACAAAUUUGUAAAGAAGUUAAAAAAAGAAGACGUUAUAUCAUCAAAGUCCAUUGAAGAUGGAUUUUUUGAAAGUGUUGGAGGGUGGUGA